CCGCAGAUCACGACAGUCCAUCAAGCAUUCGCUCUUUCCAUUGACACUUGUUGCCUAGAAUUCAGUCCUUCAUUUCGAAAUCUACGACACAGCAUAUUGACCUCCUAUUGCGUCGCCACAAUGUCCUUCGACCAGUUAUCGUCCCUCGAGGAAGGGCGGCGCAGAGGGGGAGCAGGCUACACCGACGACCCCGACUUCCAGCGCCUAUUGCAAGAGCUGAAGAACAGGCUCUUCAAACUGAGCGGCAACAACCAACGGCUGAGGUCGGAGCUAGGCCACCUAGGGACCCGGCGCGAUACCCCGCGCGUCAGAGAACGGGUCCACGAGUUGCUGGAGGAGUCGCGGAACCUGUUCAAAGAAGUUGGCGAGGGGGUCAAGAAGGUCCAGACAUGGGAAGAUGUUACGGAUACCCAGAAGUAUCAGCAACAGAAGGUUUCACGGGAACUCCAAACCUCGCUCUCCGAGUUCCAAGAUCUGCAACGACAGGCGCUCGAAAAGCAGAAGGCAUCAGUGUCCGCGGCGCGGACCGCUCUCGAUUCGGAAGGGGGCGCUGGUGCAGAGGGCGGGGUAUCGAGCCCGCAGCUCCUCGAACAAGAGCAACAACAGGAGCUGGCGCGGCUCGCGCCGCAGGAUGAGGUCGAUUUCCAGGAGGCGCUGAUCAUUGAGCGCGAGGAGGAGAUACGCAACAUCGAGCAGGGCGUCGGCGACUUGAACGUGCUGUUCCAGCAGGUUGCGCAGAUCGUCACCGAGCAAGGGGACCAGCUUGACACCAUCGAAGGCAAUGCCUACAAUGUCCGGAACGACACUCAGGGUGCCGAUGUCGAAUUGCGCAGCGCAGCGCGGUACCAGAAGAAUGCAAGGAGCAAAGCUUGCUGCUUGCUAGUGGUCCUGUUGGUUAUCCUGACCAUUAUAUUACUUGCUAUCUUCGUUGGGUAGCGGAAGGCUGGAGACACGGUCUUCCCAGCGUAAUUAUGUUUUUUCCCCCCGGGUUCUGCGCUCUGAUAUUUCCUCCCAGAGGGCGUUGCAGGGGUUCCUUGAGCAAAUAUGACUUUAUUAUGUACUGUACAUUCCAAUCCAAUGCCGAUACAUAUAUACACAGAG